CUGAUUCUCCGUAUUUUGAUUUUAUUGUUAGUUUUCGUUAGUUUACAGAAACCAAAAGCAAGGAUUAAAAAACCAAAGUAUAAAUUGGAAAGAGAAAAAUAGAAGAUAAGAGGAGGAAAGAAAAAGGAAGAAAACAAGUCAUGGUUAUUAUGCCAAACACUGCAUUACCAACCUUUCAACUUGUUUCCUCUUCCAAACGACGCAAAAAAAAGUAGAUAACCCAUUUCACCGUUUUAUUGCAUCUUUUUUCCUCUUCUUAUUUAACCCAUUUUAAAAAGAAUUGAAAUUUGUUAUUUUGAUGAAUUAAUUGAUAAUGGGUUGUUUCCCUAAUUGGCUAAGCGGUCCAGAUGAACAUCAAUCAGGAGUUGUGUAUGUUUCGUCGCUUACGAGUAUUGUGGUGAUGCAUAUUUGAGAUUGAAGUUAUGGAUAGGUGAUUAGAAUGAUUGGUGUUGUAUAAUCCGUUGUUAGUUAGUUUAUGAAUAAGAUUACUAGUGUUUGGUAAUGAUUUGGUAUAAUUUUCCUAAACGGGUAUUGAAAAUGGAAUUCAAUUCUUUGCACUAGUUAGUGUUUGAGCUACUGGAAAAGGAAGAGAUGAUCUAGUUGGAGGAACAUUGCGUUACAUGGGUAGGGUGGGUUUAAGAUAGAACCAUUAUUUCGAGAUUUAUACAAAGGAGUAGAGAAUUUGACAAUGGGGUUGCCUCAAGUAUCCUCUAGUGAAUCUAAUGAGGAAUGUCGGUCACAAUCGAGUCCGUGCACUGAAAAUCCAGCCCAUUGUUGUAACAUGAGCACAUGUGAUCGGGACGAAUUGGGUGUUGUCCAGGUAAGUAUACCGUGUAGGGAUUCGUCAUUAUCUCCAAAAGGAGAAAUUUUAAGGAACGGUAAGGACGGUAUUGGUACUUCUGAUGAAUCUUUUAAGCCAAUAAGGAAUAAAGAUAUUGUGCCGUAUGCUCCUAUGGUGAAAUUUGUGCCAGGUGAUAUUGGCUGUAGGAAUGCUAAACAGGAGGGGGAUGUUAUUCCUGUUUCAAGGAUUGUAGGUUUUCAAGCAAAUGAAACUACGAUAUGUUCUCGGGAAUUGAAUGAAAGUAGAUGUUCUGGUAAGGUUGAUCAUGAUGUGAAUGAUGCUGGAUCGUGUGGUGUAGUAUUUAGAAAGAAAUUGUUGUCUCCUUUGAGCAAAUUGAUUUUGCCAGACAACUGUAGACGUGAUGUUUUGAAUCCGGGAUUUGGAUCGUUGUCCCCCGUAAGAACUGAGAAUGCUUGUACCAUAGGGAUACAGGACCUUAGAGUAGCAAAUGAUGGAUCAAUGGAUCAGUUGAGUACCCCAAUCUCAUCACUCUAUCACCGCAGAGGAUGGAUAAAUGCAUCGUUUGAAAGCUGUAAAAAGGCUUCAUAUUUUAUGGUCGAUGGCUCAUCAUCAGUAGACCCGGAACCAUGUGAUUUUUCUAUGUCCCCUCCGGGAGGCAGAAACUUGGAAAAAGCAAACAUACGCAGUCAUGUUGGGAGUAACUUAUUAUGCAUAGAGAGAAAGACCUCCAUUUCUCUUCCAUCAUCGCCCCUUGGUCGGAAAUCUUGUGAAAGAAUGGAGAUUGCAGAUGGAAUUAGGACUACUACAAGACGGUUGGAGAAUGAUUAUAGUAACAUUGAACUAUCACUUGAUGGGUCUGUUGCUUGUACACUGUAUUCCGCAGAAAAAGAGGUGUGUAAUGUCACGGAAAAAUCAAUGGACGGCUUUCAGUCGUCAUCCUUUGAUUCUGCUGGUGGGUUAACUUGGCCAACCUUUCAUGAUUUAGGCCCUAGACUAGGCUUUAGGGCAGUUAGAACUUUUGGUGGGAAUUGUGCGCGUAGGUCAUUGGUUGGCUCAUUUGAAGAGUCCCUUUUGUCCGGUAGAUUCUCCUUUGGGAGUGUACAUCAGAAAAUCGAUGGGUUUCUUGCUGUUCUAUGUGUUAGCGGAGGAAGUUUCUCGCCGCAAUCACAGAAACUUCCAUUUUCCGUUACAAGCGUGGAUGGAGAUAGUUACUUGCUCUAUUAUGCAUCCAUAGCUCUUCCGGGCAAGUCUGCUUCCAGUGGGAGUAAUGUCCAGAAGUUUAGAAGAAGCCUCAGCAAUGAUGAGGCAAAAGCUACUAGAAAUCGACUGCGCAUUCCCAUGAAAGGACGAAUACAGCUGGUCCUUAGCAACCCGGAAAAGACCCCUAUUCAUACCUUCUUUUGCAACUAUGAUUUAAGUGACAUGCCUGCGGGUACCAAGACAUUCCUGCGCCAAAAGACAACUCUUGCAUCCGCCAAAUAUUUUGCUGUACCCGAUCAACAUAAAGUUUGUGAGACACCCUUAAAGGAGGAGAGUGAAGCUGCUAUAGAUAUCGGUAUGCUAUCAAUAAAUGGUUGUGAAGAGAAUCCGAGAGAUACAAGCAGUAAAAUAAGAUCUUUUCCGAUCAAAGGUCAGGGAUGCUUUAACUUAGCAAGUUCUUAUGAUAAAGGGGAACAGGAGAAUGUGUGUAGAAACCGGGGACAGAUAGACGCUGCUUCCAAUGUAUAUAAACAUGAAUGUCAGGACACUUGCAAUGUUAAUUUCUGUGAGGCCGCGUGUAAUGUAACUGAGAAAAUGGGCUCUCCUGGUUCAUUUAAGGUCAAAGAGAACUCGAGCAGUUCCGGAGUUCUGCGGUAUGCUCUGCAUCUUCGUUUCUUGUGCCCUCCAUUGAAGGGGCGUAAAUCUGGAGAAAAUCAGCGGGAAAGAAGAUUCUACUUGUACAAUGACCUAAGGGUUGUGUUUCCUCAAAGACAUACUGAUUCCGAUGAAGGCAAGUUGAACGUAGAAUACGAUUUCCCAGCAGAUCCCAAGUAUUUCGACAUCGGGGACUGAUCAAGUGUAUUAUUAUCUCCAGCCAUAUUUACAGUUCAAUAACACAUUGUACAUGUUUAUCAUCAUCAUACCCAGUGUAUUCCGUUUAUAGGAAUUCUACGAGCAGGGUCUGGGACGUUGUACAUACUGUAAAAUGUAAAUACAAAUCAAGUGUCCAUGAUGGACUCUGUUAAACUUCUUUCUCUUUUGUACAGGUAACUCUAAAUUCAAAAUAAUAAAAUUAUGCAAUUUAAUUACUCA